AUGCGUGUGGCGGUGCUGGGGGCCGGGGUGAUUGGGCUCUCCACUGCCCUGUGCCUCCACCAGCAGUACCACAGCCUGGUGCCCUCCCUGCAGCUGGAGGUCUAUGCAGAUCACUACACACCCAACACCACCAGUGAUGGGGCAGCUGGCUUGUGGCAGCCCUACGUGAGCGACCAGGGCGACCUGCAGGAGACGCUGUGGAACAAGGAGACCUUCGAUCACCUCCUGGGGCUCCUGUGCUCCCCAGCAGCGCAGGACAUGGGACUGUUCCUCAUUUCUGGCUACAACCUGUUCACACAGCCAGUGCCGGACCCAUCUUGGAAGAACAUUGUCCUGGGAUUCAGGAACCUGACACCAAAAGAGCUUGAGCUCUUCCCUGGUUACAGCUAUGGAUGGUUCAACACAGCCCUGAUGCUAGAGUGCAGGAGCUAUCUGCCAUGGCUCACCAACAAGUUAACGCAGGGAGGGGUGAAGUUUUUCCAUAAGAAGGUUGAAUCUUUCCAGGAGAUGUUUGCCCAGGGGGUGGAUGUUGUGAUAAACUGCACUGGGAUGCGUGCUGGGGAGCUGCAGCCUGACCCAGAGCUCCAGCCUGGCCGUGGACAGAUCAUAAAGGUCCUGGCCCCGUGGCUGAAGCAUUUCAUCAUCACUCACAGCACCCAAAGUGGCAUCUACAACUCACCAUACAUCAUCCCAGGGAGUGAGUUCACAGUCCUGGGAGGGAUCAACCAGCGUGGCAACUGGAGUGAAGAGAACAGUGCCCAGGAUCACAAAACCAUCUGGGAGAGCUGCUGCAGGCUGCUGCCUGCUCUCCAGGAAGCAAAGGUGGUGCAGGAGUGGAGUGGCUUGAGACCAACACGGCCCCGGGUCCGCCUGGAGCGGGAGACCGUCGCCCAUGGGCACCUCCAGGCAGAGGUGAUACACAACUACGGGCAUGGAGGGUUUGGGAUCACCAUCCACUGGGGCUGUGCCAUGGCAGCAGCCAGGCUUUUUGGGAGCAUCCUGCAGGAGAAGAAGCUGGCCAGGCCCCGCCAGCCCCGCCUGUGA